CAGAAACAUCAUUCGGGUCUGCAUUUGUUGUAUAGCAAUACUGUCUACAUAUUAGUACAUGGAGGUUGUCAAUGUAAAAGUGAGCUGGAUUCGUCCAUUAGGGUACAAGAACCUCAAAGAAUGGAUACAAGACCCUCAAAAUAUUUAUAUCGGACGACGGAGCGUUGUCUUUGUGGACGGAAUCCGUUUUCCUGCAAGUGACUCCAAAUGGGCCAACCCAUACACAAUAAAGAAGCAUGGUAGUCGUGAUCAGGUGAUGGCUCUAUACAGAAAGUAUAUUGAGCGUCGUAUUCAGGAAGGGGAGAUUACUGCAGAUCAGUUACAGGAGCUCUGGGGUAAACGACUGGGCUGCUGGUGUGCUCCUGAAGCUUGUCAUGGAAAUAUCUUGAAGGAGCUAGCUCAUUUACAUUACAAAAACAAGAGUGAUAGCAGUAAUAAUAGUGACAGCGGCAACAACUCCGUGCUUAUAACAAAGAGAGGCAGAGAGGCGAUAUCAACAUCAUCCCCACCAACGGCUGUGGAGGCUGAGAAGGAAGUGGAGGAGACCAGAAAAAAGGCUAAGAAAGUAUAGGAGUGCGUAUUGAUCUUUACUGGAUAAGCUUAAAGAAAAAAAAAAAAAUCAGUCUC